AAUAGGUUGUGCAGAGCUGGGAAAACAUGUAUGGCGCUUGAGAUACUCGAGCAAAUGUAUGAAGAUGGAAGGUAUAAGCCUGACCCUCAAUGUUAUAAUCCAAUCUUUGACCGCUUAUGCAAAGAAAGAAGAAUAGACGAGGCGCUGACCCUAUUUCGAGAUAUGAUCAACAAAAGUGUUGCGCCAGAUAAAUUCUGUUACAAUUCAUUAAUUUAUGGAUUAUGCAAAGAAAGAAGAAUAGAUGAGGCGCUGACCCUAUUUCGAGAUAUGAUCAACAAAAGUGUUGCGCCGGAUAUCAUCAAUUACAGUUCAUUAAUUUAUGGAUUAUGCAACAUGGGUCUUUGGACACGAGCACUUGCUCUGUUUGAAAUAAUGAAAAACAAAGGCAUAAAGCCUGACGUUUUCACUUUCAAUUCCUUAAUUUGUGCUGCAUGCAAGUCUGGUAAGUGGGAAGAGGCUGUGCUGCUAUUUAGAAACAUGAUUGAUUGUGGAGCCUUGCCUAAUGUUGUUACAUUCAGUUCUGUGUUGGAUGCUUUGUGCAAGGAAGGGAAGACAGCAGAGGCACUUAAACUUGUGGAAGAAAUGUUCCUUAGAGGUGUAAAGCCUGAUCUCGUCACCUACAACUCCUUAAUUAAUAGCCUCUGCCAUUCCGCGCAAUGGAAAGAAGCCACAAGGUUGUUUAAUAGAAUGCUGGAUGAAGGAAUUGCACCAAAUGUUGUAACCUUUAACACUGUAAUACAUGCUCUUUGCAAGGAGACACGGACUGAGGAAGCGCUCUCCGUGUUAGAGCUAAUGUCCCAAAGAGGUAUGAGGCUUAACAUUGUCACUUACAACACUCUAAUUUAUGGCAUGUGCCGUACAGAUCAAUGGGCUGAAGCCACAAGGUUGUUUGAUGAAAUGGUAGUUCAGGGAGUCUUACCUAAUAUCAUAACUUUGAGAAUACUUUUGGAUGCUCUCUUCCAAGGAGGGAUGCCAGAAGAGGCUCAUAAAGUAGUUGAGGCCAAAGUUAAAUAUGGUAUGGAGCUGAGCAAAAUAACUUGCAGUAUGCUAAUUGAUGAUUAUUGUUUUCGUGGCAAAAUGGAUAAGGCAAAGAAGGUCAUUGAUUUAAUGGUGAUAAAAGAUAAUGUCCCUGAUAUUGCUUCUUGCUACAAAUCCUUGGUCAACGGCUAUAUGCAAGCUAAAAGGAUAGGUGAAGCUUUGAGGCUCGUUGAGGAAAUGAUCGAACAAGGGGUGAUGCUUGAUGUGGAAACCCUAAAAGCUUUGAGAGGUUUGCGUCCUAAAAGCAUGUUGUAUCUGCAGAAUAGUUCCCCAUGAGACUGCUAGAAUCCUGUUAAAUCUUUUAACUGCUAAUUAUGCCAUUGGAUUCUAAACUUGUAUGACCACGCAAUAUUAGUGAAAUGAAAUGCAGUGGUUUCAAACAAGUAUAGGAUCCUUGGUGCUGAAAAAUACAUUCAAUAUUCUUAAUCUCACCGAUGGAUCCAUAAACAAGAACAGGAUCCUUUUCACAGGUACCAACUCUCCCAUGAGCUAUCAAUCACAUCCAAAUCUUUACACUGCUCUUAGUUCGUAGUGUGAGUUCAAGAAU